UGACAAUAUAAGGGAAUCCGGACAACAAAAAUCGGUACAAAAUGCACAUUUUCCCAAACAAUUUUAUAGGAAACGCAUAAGAUUCAGCGAGAAGCCCCGAUGAGCACCAGACGGCGUGGCACUGCUUCUCAUCUCUUCGUCUGCGUGUGAGAUCUUCACGCCGGUGGAAUUUUCCGGUGGUCGAUCUGAUUUCCGAACUCCGCCAUCUGUGUCUGCGAAUUUUUGGUUUCGGUAUUUUUCAGUUCUUCGCUUGUGUGGUUGAAUAUAGCGUACCGAUCCUUCUUCGCCUGACUAUUGUAUUCGGCGUGUGGAUUUGAUUCGAAUUUGGGAGAGAUGAAAUUGCUGCCGAGAGAGAUCGAGAAGCUAGCGCUUCAUCAAGCUGGUUUCCUGGCGCAAAAGCGUCUCGCUCGUGGUGUUCGGCUUAAUUACACCGAAUCUGUAGCUCUCAUUGCCACCCAGAUUCUGGAGUUCAUUCGUGAUGGAGAUAAAAGUGUGGCCGAAAUGAUGGAGAUUGGGAGACAACUGCUGGGAAGGAGACAGGUUCUUCCGGCUGUUCCGCAUCUUCUUGAUACAGUUCAGGUUGAAGGGACAUUUCCUGAUGGUACAAAGUUAGUCACCGUUCAUGAACCCAUUGCCUGCGAAAAUGGAAACCUGGAGCUAGCUCUGCACGGCUCUUUCCUUCCUGUGCCUUCGCUGGACAAAUUUCCCGAACUGAGUGAGGAUGUAAUUCCUGGUGAUAUAAAAUAUGGAGAUGGAAGUAUAAUCCUAAACCAGGGACGGAAAGCAGUAAUUCUGAAAGUCGUGAACACAGGAGACAGGCCAGUUCAGGUUGGCAGCCACUAUAACUUCAUUGAAGUGAAUCCCCUGAUGGUGUUUGAUCGACGUAAAGCAUAUGGUAUGCGUCUAAACAUACCUGCAGGAACUGCUACACGAUUUGAGCCAGGAGAAAGCAAAAGCGUUUUACUUGUGAAUAUCGGUGGCAACAAAGUAAUCAGAGGAGGAAAUGGAAUUGUUGAUGGACCCGUUAACGACGAAAACAUUUCAGCUGUCAUGGAAUCCAUAGAUAGAAGAGGCUUCGGGCACCUGCCAGAUGCGGAUGCUAGCGAGGGAGUUUCUGGGGUGGAUCCUAGAUUUACAACUGUCAUUUCCCGUGAAAAGUAUGCCAGUAUGUAUGGUCCUACCACUGGUGACAAGCUUCGUCUUGCUGAUACCAACUUAUAUGCCAGAAUAGAAAAAGAUUAUACUAUUUACGGUGAUGAAUGCGUAUUUGGCGGUGGGAAAGUUGUAAGAGAAGGCAUGGGUCAAGGAAUUGAGCAACAACAAGAUGCCUCCUUGGAUUCUGUGAUUACCAAUGCUGUGGUCAUUGAUUAUACAGGAAUAUUUAAGGCAGAUAUUGGUAUAAAAAACGGUCAAAUUUGGGCUCUCGGGAAAGCAGGAAAUUCAGAUACCAUGCAUGAUAUCAAUAUGAAUAUGAUUAUUGGGGGUAAGACCGAGGUUAUCGCUGGAGAAGGGAUGAUUGUAACUGCUGGGGCUAUAGAUGGCCACGUGCACUUCAUAUGCCCUCAGCUGGUAUAUGAGGCCAUUUCAAGUGGCGUUACAACUAUGAUCGGUGGGGGGACAGGACCCGCUGAUGGUACACGUGCCACUACCUGCACCCCCUCUCCAUCAGAUAUGAAGUUGAUGUUGCAGUCCACGGAUAACCUGCCACUAAACUUUGGCUUUACGGGGAAGGGAAACACCGCUAAACCAUUAGAGCUUCACCACAUAGUUGAGGCUGGAGCAAUGGGAUUGAAGCUGCAUGAGGACUGGGGAAGUACUCCUGCUGCUAUAGACAAUUGUUUAGCAGUUGCAGAAGAACAUGAUAUCCAGGUGAAUAUUCAUACCGACACCUUGAAUGAAUCGGGUUUUGUGGAGCACACAAUCGAUGCAUUUCGAGGGAGAACAAUUCACACUUACCACAGUGAAGGUGCGGGUGGUGGGCAUGCUCCAGAUAUCAUCAAAGUAUGUGGUGUCAAAAAUGUCAUCCCGUCUUCAACCAACCCGACGCGGCCAUAUACAAUAAAUACCAUAGAUGAACAUCUUGAUAUGUUGAUGGUUUGCCAUCAUCUCGACAAGAACAUUCCAGAAGAUGUAGCUUUUGCCGAGUCAAGGAUAAGGGCUGAAACAAUAGCUGCUGAGGACAUAUUGCAUGAUAUCGGUGCAAUUAGCAUCAUCUCUUCUGACUCACAAGCCAUGGGUCGCAUUGGAGAGGUGAUAAGCAGAACUUGGCAAACUGCUGAUAAGAUGAAGGCGCAGAGGGGACCCCUUGAUCCUCGUGCAGCCGAUGAUGAUAACUUGAGGAUAAAGCGAUAUGUUGCGAAGUACACUAUAAAUCCAGCUAUAACAAAUGGGUUCAAUAAUUUUAUCGGCUCGGUGGAGGAGAAGAAGCUGGCUGAUCUGGUUUUAUGGAAGCCAGCAUUCUUUGGAGCAAAACCAGAAAUGGUAAUAAAAGGCGGUAAAAUCGCUUGGGCCAAUAUGGGCGAUCCAAAUGCUAGCAUACCAACUCCUGAACCGGUGAUAUCAAGACCUAUGUUUGGAGCAUUCGGCAAGGCUGGAAGUGAAAACUCCAUAGUUUUUGUUAGCAAGGCUGCUCUAAGAAACGGGGUAAAAGAGGCAUACGGGCUUAAGAAGAGAGUGGAAGCGGUGUCUGGAGUUAGGGGACUCACGAAACUCAACAUGAAGCUGAACGAUUCCCUUCCCGAGAUCGCAGUGGAUCCCGAGACGUACGUAGUUAAAGCAGACGGCGAAAUCCUCACCUGCUCUCCAGCCACUUCGGUCCCUCUCUCUCGGAACUACUUCCUCUUUUAGGGCAUGAGACAACUGGGUCAAGAGUCUCAUCAUUGAGGAAGGGAGCAACUUUUUCUAGAGAACAGCGACGGGAGACAGUCGUUGGUGGUGCCAUUUCUUCUCUUGGAACACACAAUUUCACAUGGUGCGUGUCACUUUCUUCUUCCAAUUUCACUAUUUCGUAUAUUUGGUAUCUGUUUUCGGGGUUCUUAAAACACAUAAUAGCUGAGAUAGAUGGAAACCACUAAGGAUCAUGACUGCGUUUGCAACAUAGAUACCUAUGUUGACUUUUCUUAGUUUACGAAGAGAAACAUAUUUCUAUAGGCCACAUGGGUUUCAUGUGUCCGUAAAUUAUCAAGAUUUGGCGUCUUAAACUA